CUGGGUGUCGGGCGGGGUGGAGGCGAUGCGCGCAGCGACACGGGCGCUGCUCGCCGCGCUGCCCGCCGAGUCCUGGCAGCCCCAGGCGGCGCUCAUCGGCCACGCGCACAUCGACGUCGUGUGGCUGUGGCCGGAGAUCGCGAGCGCCACAAGAACGUGCAUUCGUUCGCCACGCAGCUCCGCAUGCUUUCGGCCUAUCCGGAGAUGGUCUUCGCGCACAGCACGCCCGCGGUGUAUCGGGCGGUCCAGGAGGACGCGCCGGCCCUCAUCCCGCAGAUCAAGCACCAGAUCGCCGCCGGCCGGUGGGAGCUGAUGGGCGGCUUCGAGGUCGAGCCCGACGUGAACAUGCCGGCAGGCGAGGCGCUGGCGCGCAGCGCCGUGUACGGCAACCGCUUCAUCGCCGCGUUCACCGGCGCGCCGAGCGACGUGUGCUGGAUUCCGGACGUCUUCGGCUACAGCAACUGCCUGCCGCAGAUCCUGCACCUGGCGGGCAUCAGCGGCUUCUACACGACCAAGAUCACCUGGUCGCAGGUGUCUCGCUUCCCCUACACCAGCUUCGUGUGGCGCGGUAGCGACGCCGAAAGCGAGGUCGUGGCCCACUUGGCUACCACCGGCUACAACGGCCAGGUCCGGCUGGAAGAGAACCGCGGGGCGCUCCGCCGCCACCGCCAACUCGACGUGCAUGAUGCGAUGCUGAUCGGCACCGGCCUGGGCGAUGGCGGCGGAGGGCCGAGCGAAGCGGAGGCCGAGCGUGCGCGGCGAUUCAGGGACCUCGCCGGCUCCCCGCGCCACACGUGGCGGACCAGCGCCUCGUUCUUCGCCGAGCUGGAGCGGGUACGCGAUCGCCUGCCGGUCUACCAGGGCGAGCUCUACAUGGAAGCGCACCGCGGCGUGCUCACGUCGCAGGCCGAAUACAAGCGGCUCUACCGGGCGUGCGAGGUCGCCCUCCGCACCCACGAGGCGCUGCGCGUGGCCGAUGGCGGCCGGCCGCUCGGCGAGCAGGCGUGGCUGCGCGUGCUGUUCGGACAGUUCCACGACGCGCUUCCCGGCAGCUCGAUCGGCCGCGUGUACGAAGACCUGGAGGCCGAGCGCCCGGCGGCCACGCCGCCGUGGCCGGUGUGGGGGCCAGUCCGACGCGGCUCGACAACGGCAUCGUCCAGGCGUCGUUCGACCACGGCGGCCAGCUCGUCGGGCCUGGUCGUCGACGGCCGGCGCCUGGAGCUGACCGGCGCGGCCGGCCUGCGACUCGGCCACGACGACCCGCACAACUACGACGCGUGGGAGAUCGACCACUACACGGCCGGGACCAUGAGGCCGGUCGCCGACCGCCUGCAGCUCGCCGUCGCCGAGCACUCAGGGCGGCGUGGGGUGCUUGCGGGCCGUGCGCCGAUGGGCGACUCGAGCCGGGCAACCGUCCGCUACCUGCUCGACCCCGGCAGCCGCUAUCUGGUGAUGAGUCGACAUCGACUGGCAGGAGGAGCACCGGCUGCUCCGCUACCACCUGCCACCGGCUACCGCGGCCGAACCGCCACCUUCGGCGCUCCGUUCGGCUCCAUCGAGCGCCCGCAACUGCCCGGCCGGCCGGAAGACGAGGCGAUGUGGGAGGUGGCCGGCAGCCGCUGGGCCGCCGUGCACGACGACGACGGCACCGGCCUGGCGGUCCUGACCGAGGCCAAGUACGGGUUCUCCUGCUUCGACGGCGAGCUGGGUGUGUCGCUGCUCAAGGCAGCCAGGCACCCCGACCCGGCGGCCGACACCGGCCGGCACACGAUCCGCUUCGCGGUCGGCCUGCAUCAGCCCGCGACCCUGGGCAGCGGUCCGGACGCGGUGCUGUCCUCCGCAUGCGCCGCCGACGCGCUCUUCGCCCCGGUGCCGACGACCGUCGCAGGCGCCGCCAGGCCCUCUCCGUUCGUGCUGGAGCACCCGGGGUCGCUGUGCCCGGCGUGGGUCCUGCCCAGUGAGACCGGCAGCGGCUACGUCAUCCGCCUGCACGAGACGGCCGGCCGGCGUGGCACCGCGGAACUGCGCCUUGCCAAACCCGCCGGCGCGGUCACGCUCGCGGACUUCCGCGAGCAGGAGCGCGGCGCACCGCGACGCGUCGACGAGACGACCUGCCUCAUCGACUACGCGCCCUACCAGAUCGUCAGCGUUCUGGUGAGGUCGCCCUGA